AUGAGCACCUUAAACAGUAUUGAAGGAAACUCAGCAAGUGAUCUAGACCUAUCGUCUACUACUGAUGUAGAGUCCUUCAAGAGAUUUUUGGCAUCAAGGGGAAUAGUUAAAGAAAGUUUCCCUGUCAGAUAUGAUUUCGAUUGCACCACGUUUACCGCUAAGAGAUUCAGAGAGCCUCUACGAGAAUUAAGCUCAAAUGUUUCAAUGUAUACGUUAAUCGAAAAGGGUGGCUUUGUCGCACCGAAGCUGGAGAUUGACAGAAAAUUAGCUAAAGCAAGGUCAUUCGAAACUGUGGAUAAGAGGAAAGACGACGAAAAAUUCCUGGAGGACACUAAAGCAAAGGGAUCACAGGCAGAGCCCAUCUGGGGAGAUAAUGGUCACACAGUACAUCCGGCUUGCUGUCUACUACCGUCGUGGGAAGCAUUGAAAGUGAAAGAGCUAAAACCCAUAAGAAACGCGCUCUGGAGUAUGGUCCAACCCUUUGACGAGAGAUUCAAUAACAACAUAGCUUGUAUUUGUGAUGGAUUUCUGUUUUUCGCCACGCUUGGCCGUAUUCAAGUCACUCCACUGGAUGAGCUUCUGGAUGAAGGUGCUGAAGCGCGGACGAAGCUUCAAAUACCUUUGGCACUGAGCUACAAGCUUUAUUUCGAAGAAGUCGAGGUCGAACAACUUAAUAAUUCAUCGAGGCCGGUCGAUAGGGAUCUUGAAAUUCAUUUCAUGAAAGUGUCCAAGUUCUAUGAUCAUAAAGUCCUUUGUGCCUGUACUGAGUCAGGUCUCACGUUUAUAUUUAAAAUUGAUGACAUUAUUGAACAACAGAAAAUAAAGGGAAUACAACCAAAUAUGAAAGAUGACAAUUCAAAUCAUUUACUGGUUACACCAAGAAUUAUUUUAAACACACAUGAAAGUUCUUGGAGCCUCGAUAUUUUUGACGAGGGUCUUACAAAAUUUAUAGCAAUCGGUCAUAACAGACCUGGGAUAACCGUCUUUGCCCACCGCAGGAGAAAUCGAACAUUGAUUACGUGUGAAAUUCCUGUGAAGCACAACGUGCCGUCACUGAAUUUUGUCAAGAAGUCAUCUUCGGUGGACGGCGCAGCAUACCUUGCCUACGGAUCUAUCUUCGGAAAUGUUUCAACAGUAAAAUUGGAAUGCAACAUUGGAUCAGGUUAUUCAGCAAUUAUCAAAUGGGAAUACUUUGACACGGAGUUCUUGGCUGACUGGUGUUGGAGUGUAACACCAGUAUCCAAGAGGGACUUCCACAUUGUUCAUGAAUUCGAAUAUCUAAACAACAACUUUAACGAGAGCCACAAAGAGAAAUAUCUAACAAGGAUAUAUCAGGACAGUUUAAUACUGAAGUUUUUUCCUUCAAGCCUGACCCAAUCAAGUCAUCUUGGAAUUGGAGCUAGAAUUGCACAAAUUAGCGUUCCAGUAGUAAACUUGUCUCUAUUCAAUGAGCUGCACAAUAACACAAGACGUAUUGCGUUAAGAUUUACGACCUUUAUCAUAUUAUCGAAUUCUGAAGUGGGUAAUCAUAGAUAUAGUGAAGCCUUCGUGAAAGAGGCUUGCUUCGCGCAAAACUCUUCUCGAGGAGGAUUGUUACUCGACGAAGAGCAUGGAUAUUUACUGACUGAUGAUUUAGCACUUGGUGACAACAAAGUAGAGGCAGGAUAUGCUGACCCUCAAGAGAACUGGACCGGUUAUCCAUUUACUUACGAUAGGUACGGUUCCUCAAUAAGAAUCCCGUUCAUAAUCGAGAUGAGAGUAAAAUGUAAAUUACGCACAGUGCAAAUAACUGAUCCUCACAAAGAUCCGGAACUCCUGAGGCAUAUUGAUAGGAAUAGACUGAAUGGAUUCGUGACUUUGAAAAUUGGGGCUUCAUUUGAAUCUAAAAAAUGCCUUGAACGCUUUCCUCGAAUAUUCCAAGGUGUAGUGCACGAUAGCUCCACACACUACGUAAUUUGGGAUCGGAUAAUGCAAGGUGGUCUAAGCAGAGAAACUCCAAUAUACGAUUAUGAUCCCAGCUCAGGUUCCAAUUCGGAUCGCGAUUCGUCAAUUAUGUCUAUAGAAGGCUCAUCGUCGAGAGGUUCACCUGAUCUUCGAAAUCUUGAACGAGAGAACCGUGAACAUUCAAAUUUUGAUAAUCAAGGUAGCGACUUACCAGACUCGGAAAGCACUCGCGCCUUACAAAAUCUCCUCUUUGAAGCAAGCGUGCUUAAUGAGGCAUCGUUCCAGGAUAUGAAUCAGUCAGCCGAAACCAUGGGGAUAGAUGUGGGUUCUUUGAUCAGGCAGAUACGAAGACUUUUUGGAAAUUUUCGCCUGGUGGGUCUUAAUGAUAGCAACACAAGAAGGGCCUCACCCAUAUUUCAACCUGAUUCAUUUUUUGACUUGGGAAGGGCUACGGAUGCUAUGAAAUUUUGGUCAUUAAAUAAUUAUGUCAAGAAAGUUGAGUCACUGCUUCAAAUGACCGAUUCAGAAUCUCGGUACUCAUCUCAGGGGCCAAAAUUCAAUUCUGUUCUCUCUAGCGAUGUUUUUUUCGUGGUAACUACUAAUUCAAGAGUUUUUCUGUUAAAUGGGAAUCCUCUCAUGAUAACUUCAUUCACAUCUUCGGAUAUUUUCCCCGUAAAGCAUAUUAAGAGUUGCCGUUUUCUGGAUAGAUUGGAAAGAUUGAAUAGAAUAUCGCUCGUAUGUUUUAUAAAGGAGCUGAAACUUAUCGUAGUUGCCUCACAGGUGGGGCUGGUAUCUCUACUUCGUCUGACAUCCUACAAUGGUAUCUACUCUUUCAGACAGGAAUACAUCUUUGGCUGGAAAACCCAAAAUCCACGAGAUCCACACGCACAGUGCAUGCGCACUUUUGUGAAAGGCGACAACUGCAUGAAUUGCCUGGAAGAUGACACGAUUUUUGAAAUGUACAACAUUAGUGGGAUGGACUAUACUUUUAUUGCUGCAGACUCAACCAAAAAAAUACCGGAGCAUGCAAUUCUGUAUGUUAUAUCCCGUGAUACAGUGUAUAGGUUUAAGAUUUAUAAAUAA